AUUUUUAUUUAUCUUUUUGCGCGUGGAGAAGAAGCUUGUAGGGGUUUCAGGGCACGCUUUGGAUCUCUGUUUUUCGUUUCUUCAGAGAGAUAAAGAGGGAGAGAGAGAGAGAGAGUUUCACCAAAAAAGAGCGAGAGAGAGUUGUGAAGGUGUCGCCGUGUCGGAGAGUGGAUGCGUAUUGCGCACUCAUCGUUCGAACUCGACAGAGAAAACCUAGACGAGAGAGAGAGAGAAAAAAAAAAAAAGAGAGCGUGAGACGAGGAGAGAGAAAGAAAGGGGUAAAAGGAAAGAUCUUGGUUUGUGUGGAAAAGCUGAACUGAAAAAGAGGUAGCAGAUGCAGAGGACAGGCAUCAGCAGACAAGCAGCAAUACUCGGUUAUUCUUCUUCGAUAACCUUUGACGCAUCGUGUCCCUGCUUCGAUUUUUUUGUGGAACACAGAGAUAUUUCUUCGUGAACAGAAGGGAUAUUCGAAUUUUCUUUAGGAGAUCGAGCUUCUUUUACUAUCAUAUUGGAGAAUUUCUGAAGAUUUCGUUCGAUCGAGCUUGUUUGGUCAGAAAUGGCGAAUUUUUUAGCUUGUUGAGUAUUAACUAAGAGUUUUCCAGCAAAUUCCAGCAGAUUCGGAGGCUUUUUCUGUGGUCACUAUUGGUGGAAACAUAGAAUUGGUAAGAGAUUACGGCUUCAACAGUUAUCUUUGAAUCUCUUUGGUUUCACUGUCGCUGUGGCUGAAGAAGAUUAACCGGUGUUUAAGGUACGGUUCGGCAAAUCUGGCUCCUGAAGCAUUCGGUUCAUAUUUACUUCAUCGGCGUUAGAGAUCUAACUGCUUCGUGCAUUUAAGGUGGGCGUUUAAAGUAUUAUUUCGGGAGUGGAAGCGGAGCAGACUGAUUCGAAGUCAUUUAAUGAGCUGUUUCAGCUGCACCUGAGUUGAAUAGCGCUCCCAUUCGUCUUUAAGAAUAUCCGCAAGCAAUUAAUAGGGAUUGGAAUAAUAACGAGCUCUAUGCGUUGCGGAUUGAUCAUUGAGACCUUGAGAUUGGGGGUAACAUACCUGGAGUGAUGUAGACCCUCUGUGUACGGAAGCUGUAUGGUUGGUGAAGAUUAAAAGCUCGCAGUUAAAUUCCCUUAGACACAUGAUUUCUUCAUCUGGUUUGUAGGGGGUGAAGAAUUCUCUCCCAGUACAGGAUUGGGGUUGUUGGAGACAUUGAUAUAGAGGUUUUGUGCGGCGGCCUUUUCUAUUGUCGGACAUAACAGAAUCACCUCUGAUCACCUCUUUCGUGUCUUUUUUUUCUGGUGAGAUCCGACUUUUGUAGAUCGAUUGGUAUUGGAGUUUCAUGGCGAUGGCGUCAGUAAAUCACUCCUCCGGAUUACCCAACUCAGAUACAGGAGCCUGUGGUGAAGUUUUAUACAAGGAACUCUGGCAUGCCUGUGCUGGUCCUUUGGUCACUGUACCUCGGGAGGGAGAACGGGUUUACUACUUCCCCCAAGGUCAUAUGGAACAGCUCGAGGCAUCAACACACCAAGGUCUGGACCAGCAGAUGCCAUCUUUCAAUCUGCCAUCUAAGAUCCUUUGCAAAGUUGUUCAUGUGCAGCUCAAGGCAGAACCAGAAACUGAUGAGGUUUAUGCACAGAUCACUUUACUCCCUGAACUCGGUGAAAGUGAGGUUACUAGCCCUGAUCCUCCACUUCCAGAACCUGCAAGGUACACGGUUCAUUCGUUUUGCAAGACACUUACUGCUUCUGACACGAGCACCCAUGGGGGAUUCUCUGUUCUUAGAAGGCAUGCUGAUGAUUGCCUACCACCAUUGGAUAUGUCCCAGCAUCCACCUUGGCAAGAAUUGGUUGCCACAGACCUGCAUGGAAAUGAAUGGCAUUUUCGUCAUAUUUUCCGAGGGCAACCUCGGCGUCACUUACUCACAACUGGAUGGAGUGUAUUUGUCAGUUCCAAGAGACUGGUAGCGGGUGAUGCAUUUAUAUUCCUUAGAGGUGAGAAUGGAGAGCUGCGUGUUGGAGUAAGGAGGCUCAUGAGGCAGCUGAAUAAUAUGCCGUCGUCUGUUAUUUCCAGUCACAGCAUGCAUCUUGGGGUACUUGCCACUGCAUCUCAUGCAAAAGCAACUGGAACCCUCUUCUCUGUUUUCUAUAAGCCAAGGACAAGUCGUUCUGAGUUUAUCAUUAGUGUCAACAAGUACCUUGAAGCACGGAACCACAAGUUCUCUGUUGGGAUGCGAUUCAAAAUGAGAUUUGAGGGUGAGGAAGCUCCUGAAAGAAGGUACAGUGGUACUAUUGUUGGCGUUGGAGAGGUUGCAUCUUCUUGUUGGGCAGAUUCUGAGUGGAGAUCGUUGAAGGUUCAAUGGGAUGAACCAUCAUCAAUCCCACGGCCGGAUAGAGUUUCACCAUGGGAAUUGGAGCCAUUAGUGGCAGCUGUUCCUUCGAACUCCCAACCAGUGCAUAGGAACAAACGUGCACGGCCCCCGGUUUUACCUUCGCCAACUCCUGAUAUUUCAGCAUUUGGUAUGUGGAAACCCAAUGUUGAGUCUCCCUCGACUUUCUCAUAUUCUGGCCUACAAAAUGGGCGAGACCUGUACCCAUCGCCCAAUUCUGCUUCCCUCUUUUCCUCCGUUGCAAAGGCAGGCUCCCUUGGAUUCAGUGGAAAUAAUUCUCAGCCUGCAGUUUCCAGCAAUCCAAUGUACUGGCCAAACCCUGCAGAAAUUCCGACCGAGUCUUUGACUGCAUCUGUUAAUAGAGUAUCUGGAGAGAAGCGACCAGAAAGUGGUAGUGGUUACCGGCUGUUUGGGAUCCAGUUGGUUGGCAAUUCAAAUUCGGAGGAGACAUCACCAGUAGUAACUUUGGCUGGUGGAGUGGGGGAAGAUCAACAAGCUCCAUCGCUGGAUGCAGAUUCUGAUCGGCAAUCUCAGCCAGCAAAUAUCAAUUGUUUUGAUAUGCCUCCAGUGAGCAGUGAGCCAGAGAAAUCAUGCUUGAGAUCUCCCCAGGAAAUGCAAAGCAGGCAAACCCGGAGUUGCACCAAGGUUCACAUGCAAGGAAUGGCUGUUGGGAGAGCUGUCGACUUGACACGAUUAGAAUGCUAUGAUGAUCUGCUGAGGAAACUUGAGAAGAUGUUUAGCAUUGAAGGUGAACUAUCUGGACCCAUAAAGAAAUGGCAAGUUGUGUACACAGAUGAUGAGGAUGACAUGAUGAUGGUUGGGGAUGACCCUUGGCAUGAGUUCUGUAGCAUGGUGAGGAAGAUCUUCAUUUACACAGUAGAUGAGGUGAAAAAGUUGUUGCCCAAGACAAAGCUUCCAGUUAAUGGCGAAGUGAAACCACGAAUACCAGACUCUGUUAACGGUAAUGAGGAUCAAUCGUCCAUCAUUGGACCGGAUUCCUGAUGUGUCAACUUUUCAUGAAGCAGAAAGUGUGUAUUAGAAAGGUAAAAAAACGAGUGGCUCUUAUUUUGGUGGUGGGGGGGGGGGGGGGGAGGAUAUUAAAAGUAAAGUCUUUAACAAGAACUUACUUUGUACCUGUAUCUUGUAUGUCAUUUUGAUUUCUUCUAUAUUUUGGGGUGGGGUGGCCGUGUAGAUAUGGCAUGUAAAGUGUAGCCCAUGCUGUGUAGCUAACACGAUUUAUAAUGGAAUUGGUUUUGUGAUGGCUA